GUCGAGCCGAGAACUACGUGUUCUGUGCGCUUGUCGCGUUUGAAAAAAUGGUUUUGUGAGCAGUGUGUGUGAUUAUCUCAUAUUUGUUCAGUGAAAAACUAGUAUUUACUGUGUUUUGUGUGCCAUUUUGAGGAUUAUCGGCCCCGUUUUCAAGGGGAAUAUGUAGUAAAAGAAGAAUUAAGCGACACCCUUUCUGGAGCAGAGUGCAUCCCUUCAUGUGACCUACAGCUUGGGGACCUCUCGCUGCCGCUCCCCGAAUUUUUCCUGGACGAGGCACUCAAGCUUGUGGACUUGGAAGAUGAAGCUGCUGAGGAGGGGUACAUAAAUCUGAAAGAUUUAGAAAAUCUAUCCUUGGAUGCAGCAAACGUAAGCACAUCAGCCGAAGGUACAAAUGUAACAUCGUCUGAUUCUUUAAAGAAAGCUGAUGAUCCCACUGCUUCAUCAGAAGACAGUCUCCUUGCUAAGGAAGCCGACAACGAAUUCGAUUUUCUAGACGACAUGAUCCAAACACCGCAGUUUCACCAUUCCCAUCACAGGGGUGGCUUCCAA